AUGCAUCUAGAGAUUAACCGUUUGCGUAGAAGGUUACGCUGUAAGCGACGUAGAGGAACCCCUUCGAGUUCUGACCCCUCUUCUAAUGAUGAUGGUGAUAAUAGCUACCAUCCCAGGAGGAGAAAGGAGAGCCCAUCUUGCCAGGGUCUGGGCAAUGACGUUAUGGGCAAGGCUUUGAAUCAAAUUUCCAAGUCACCUUUUACUCGUAGGAUUGAAGGAGGAAAACUUCCUCAGCAGUUUACUCAGUCAACGUUCACCAUGUACAAUGGUCAAACGGACCCUAUAGAACAUGUAAGCUACUUCAACCAAAGUAUGACCGUUCACUCUAGGAACGAGGCCUUAAUGUGCAAGGUGUUCCCAUCCAAUCUGGGGUCUGUGGCAAUGAGAUGGUUUGACUGUCUGAGGGAAGACAAAUAUCGGGAGAUAUUCAAUGAGAUUGAUAGGGACUUUGAUGAUGUGGCCCUAAAGACUUUCAAGGUCGGCUUACCUGUUGAGCAUGAUUUGAGAAAGUCGUUGACCAAGAAGUCUGUAAGGAGUGUACGUCGGCUUAUGGACCGUAUAGACGAGUAUAAACGGGUCAAGGAAGACCAGCAGCAAGGGAAAGGGAAAGCUAAGGUUAUCCUUCAGGAUAGGAGGGAUUUCAAGUCAGAUAGAUACAACAAUAAUUGGCCCCGAAGAGCCUUUGCGGGGCAAUCAAUCUAG